AAAAAGUUUGUUAGUUUAUGGUCUGUCUUUUAUUUUUCCUGAUUCAUUGGUUUCGAUUUCAAUAUAAAUCUGAUUAAAAUAAAUUUUCAAACAAAUAAGUUCUUAUGUUAUUACAUGGAAUCAUUGGAAAUGUGGUGCCUUAUUUAUUUAAAAUAAUGUGCUUUGUUUAAUGUUGUCCUACGAAUUCCUUGCAAGGAUGAUCUCAUUGACGCGCUGACAUUACGUUGUUUUUAUUGAGAUCCAAAUUCGAUCAUUUUAUUAGCUUUUUUGCUUUAGACUUAGUCCAAUGACCUUGUAGUUUAUAACAAGUGUAUCAAAUUUUUAACCAAAAUGAAGAAACAGUUUUACAGAGUGAAGCAACUAGCAGAUCAGACGUUUUCAAGGUCAGGUAAAAAUGAAGCAUUGACUGAUGAACUGCAAACUGCAGAUAAGAAAGUGGAGAAUCUUCGUCAUGCACUACAACUUAUCAGCAAGAGGUUGGCAACAGCAGCGGGGAGCACGCAGGGCCAAGACCCCGCAGCUAGGGAGAAACGGCUCAAGAAACUGCCAGAAUACCUACUUGGCCUGUCCAUGUGUGAAGCAAGCAACUUUGAUGAUGAUGACAGCAUAUUGAAGUUUAUACUACAUGAAUGUGGCAAAACAGAGAAAUUCCUUGCAAAUGAGAUAGCAGAGCAUGAGUUGAAGGUGGAGCAGUUGGUGUGUGCACCCCUCACCAUAAUCAGCGACCAGGACUUGCCAGCCAUCAUGAAAGCCAAGAAACAACUCAGUAGGCUAAUCAGCGAGAAGGAAUCUGCGGCUAGCAAGUAUCAGCAUUUAGAGCGUCAGAGGGAUGAAAACCCAACAAAGUUGAAUGCAGCAAGGGAGGAGUUGGAAGAGGCUGGCAUCCGUGUGGAAGCAGCCCGAGAUGCUUUGGCAGCGGACAUGUUCGCACUUGUGGCCAAGGAGGCCCAACUGGCACACACAUUAUUGCAGUAUGUGAAGCUACAAAGGGCCUACCACGAGUCCGCAUUGCAUUCCCUGCAGGACACCGUACCUGAACUUGAGAGGUUCAUAAACGACAGUUCCGUGAAGCCGGUAUUCGGGUACCCGCUGGAGGAGCACCUCCGCGUGACGGGGCGCACCAUCGCGUUCCCCAUCGAGCUGUGCGUGUGCACGCUGCACGAGCGCGCGCUCAACGAGGAGGGGCUCUUCAGGAUCGCCGGCGGAACAUCGAAAGUGCGUCGGCUGAAACUGUCGCUGGACGCGGGGCUGUUCAGCGUGCCGCUACCGCGCGACUACCGCGACGUGCACGUGGUGGCCUCCGCGCUCAAGAGCUACCUGCGCGAGCUGCCCGAGCCCUUGCUCACCUUCCGCCUUUACGAACACUUCAUCGCCGCCUCGCGACACCCCACCGAGCAGGCCCGCCUCAACGCCCUCUGGGAAGCCAUACAUCUCCUGCCCGAAGCCAACUACCAAAACCUCCGCUAUCUUAUCAAGUUUUUGUCGACUCUGACCCAAAACCAAAGCACCAACAAAAUGACACCCUCCAACCUCGCUAUCGUGAUCGCGCCGAACCUGUUGUGGGCCGCCGACGAAACGACCUUCGACAUGAACAUCACGACCGUCGUCAACUGCAUCGUCGAGCUGCUCAUCAAACACGCCGACUGGUUCUUCAAGGACGACAUCAACUUCUUCGUGUCCUUCACCAGGGAAGAUCUUCUACCGGAACUCGAAUGGGUCAUCGGCGAACAACCGGCUUCUCUCACUCAGGAACAUUCUAAUGGUGACUAUAACAAUAUGAGCAAAUCCAUGUUCGAUUACAGUCACGCCGGUGUUAAAAAUAAUUCCGAUUCCGCCGGUCGCCACUCGCGGAGCAAUAGUCAUGAUACUAGUUUAAUAUUGUUAGAGAAUAAUAUAAAAAACGCCCAAUCGAAUAGCUCACUAUCCGACCAAUCUAGUCCACCUCACGGAAGUCCGAAACCUAUUAUGAGACGAAAAAACAAGCCUCUAGCGCCGGUACCGCCUAACUUCACGCCGGAUAAAAAUAAGAAGGUUGACUCGCAAACGCAAGUACCUGAACACGUCAAAGAGAAAGAUACCGCCGCGCCGAAGGAGAUCGAGAAGCCGGCGAAGCCUCCGCGGCCGGUCAUAUCGGACACGGGGAAAGUGAUAUCGGGCGUACAGACCAUAAACAGGUCGACGUACAGGCAGAACAAGGCGCUGAAGGAGGAGGCGCGGAGCAACAGCCGCGAGAACCUCCUGGAUCUCCGGCGACAGAGUCUCGAGCUGGAGAAAGAGAGGUCGGAGGCAGCGAGAGAGAAAGAGGGCUCGGUCGUGGUGAAGAGCGUGGUCGUGCAGGGCGGGGUCGCGGGCCGGCUGCGAGUGGGGGAGGCCUCGGGCGCGUCGCCCAGCGGGGAGAGGAGUCGCGUCGUGAAGCCCAGCACGCAGCCGCCGCCGCGCCCGGUGGCCGCGCCGCGCAGCCUGCCGGCGGAGGACGGCGAGGUGCUGCUGCGCCACAAGCCGGCCGUGCCCGAGCGCCCGCCCACGCUGCGGCCGCACAGCUUCCGCGGCGCGCGCGGCUCCGCGGCCGACGCGGACGCCGCGCCGCCCGUCAUGGAGCGCACGCACAUCUACACCAUCGACAAACAUCUGCCGGCUGCCAUGCAGACGGGCCCCUCUCCCGAGGAAGACGGCCCCCGCGCGACAGUCCAGCGCACGCACAGCUCCGGCGGCAAGGACUCCGAGCUGGAAGAGAGCAAGGCUCUGAGCCGGCAGCUGUCGCAGUCCGAGGGCAGCAUCUCGGAGGCGCCGGCGUCGCCGCGCGCGCGCCCGCCGCGGCCGCAGAUGCCGGCCCCGCCGCCGCCCGUGGCGCCGCACGCCGUGCAGGAGAGCACUGACCUCUAGUAAUGACUGGUGAAGCAGUGCUGUCGGUAGUCCGGCUGACGAUUUGGCCUCGAAAAUGGUGACAAUAUCCAUAUAAAUGCUGCUGAAAUCUUAGACGAUUACUACGACCUGGUUAGCUGUCUCACACGCGUGAUGCAUGAUUGAAAUGUAUAUAAAUUUAACGCUGUAAUGAAAAAGCGUUAUCGAUAAGCAAUACUAUCGAUAUAAUCGAUAGUUCUGUUUCUCAUAUGUAGUAUAAAAACUAUUGGCUAUUGAUAUUGUGACUAGUUUUGGGGUCAUGAUACUUUUAAAAAUACUAUCGAUAGUAAUUUGGUGUUGUUGCUGCAACACUACACUGCUGAACACGUCACGCUGACGUCAUGUGUUCAGUCUUCACGGCUACUAUGGAAGUGACUGAUAUGAACAGAAAAAUAUAUCAUAUAUAAAGUGUGGUAUGAACAUCUUGUUCGCUUGGGUGUUUUGUGCCUCAGAGCCGUUCGUGAGUGAAGUUUAGAUUGUAAUAACAAGAGACUGACAUGUUGUAUUUUCUAUUGUUGUAGUUGCCUAUUAAUUGGCUGUUUACAUUCGCUACACGAGGGAAUGAUUCAUUUGCAUGAAAUGAGUAUUAUGUACACAUCUUUAUUUUUAUAAUUUAGAUAAGAAAUUUGUAAAAAAGAUCACUGUUUCAAAAGAGAUCACUUGAUAAAUUAUUUUUGACAGCUUAGUGAUCUAGUCUUCAAAUUCCAAAAAGACAUAUCGGCUACUUUGUCAAUUUAGCUUUUUUCAUACUAAACUAAGAUUUUGUAUGUGUAAGUAUCGAAAUUGUACAAUAUAGUGAAUUUGCAAUGAUUCCUUGUGAUAUUAGGGAACGUAAUAACGGAGCCACGCCCUGGGCGGGCGCACAAACGUAACAUUUGUAUGAUUAGCCAUAUUUUUUUAAUAUGAUAUUUAUAAUAUGACCGUGCAUUAAUUAAUUUUAUUUAGCCGCACUGUUUCAGUGAAUAUAUUUAGGCUUAAGUAUGUUACGUAGUAUUUAUGACGUUUUAUGUGAUACGCAUUUUAUUAUUAUAUACUGCAAGUAUACAAGCUUCUGUUGUAAGUAUUAUUAAUACAAAUAUUCCAACAUCA